CAUUCCAACAUGUCAACCAGAUAGAUUUACAUAGAUGGAAAAAAUCACAGCUAGUAUUUGAUGUCAAUUGGUCCCUUUUUUUUUUUUCCUAUUCUAUUUUGCCAGGGGAAAAUAAAAACAGUAGUUCUACUUGGGUGAUUUUUCUUAUACCAGUAUAAAUUGGCAGGCCAUGUCCUCCUACUAAGCAGCAAGCUUGCAAUAACUCCUCAUUGGUUAGAAGUUGAGAUCUUCCAGUCUCACCAUUCCAAGAAGUUUUGAAGAUGAAUGGUUCCAUCUCUUCCGUAUCAUUACAUGGUCAAAGCAAUAUUGUAAGGAGAUUGGAAGGCAAAGUUGCUAUUAUCACCGGCGGAGCAAGUGGUUUCGGCGAGAGCACCGCCCGUCUUUUCUUACAAAACGGAGCCAAAGUGAUUAUUGCCGAUGUCCAAGACAAAUUAGGCCAAUCCCUCUGCCAAGAACUCAAGCACUCCACCGGAAACCAAGACGUCACGUACGUCCAUUGCGAUGUCACAAGCGAUUCGGACGUGAAAAACCUCGUCGAUGUGGCAAUGUCCGAGUACGGGAAACUCGACAUCAUGUACAACAACGCCGGAAUCCCGGGUAACCUAGAUUUCACAAUUUCCGACGCCGACAACGAGAACUUCAAACGGGUUUUCGACGUGAACGUUUACGGUGGAUUUCUGGGUGCCAAAUACGCUGCAAAGGUAAUGAUCCCGGCGAGAAGUGGGGUCAUCCUUUUUACUUCGAGCCUGGCUUCGGUUUGCUGCGGCGAGUCUCCGCAUUCGUACACGGUUUCCAAGCAUGCAAUUGUUGGGUUGACUAAAAAUUUGUGCGUUGAAUUGGGUCAAUACGGGAUUAGAGUAAAUUGCAUAUCUCCGUGCGCCGUUGCGACGCCGUUGCUUAGGAAUGCGACGGGGUUGGAGAAGAGUGCGGUGGAGGAUAUCAUUUGUGCGUCGGCGACGCUGAAAGGGGUGGUGCCGACAUCGGAGGAUGUGGCGGAGGCGGCGUUGUAUUUGUGUAGCGAUGCGGGCAAGUUUGUAAGUGGAGUCAACCACAUUAUAGAUGGAGGGUAUAGCAUCACCAACCAGUCCUACAUAACUAUCUUAAAGAGUCUUGCUCCUUAAUUAGAACUCUGAAAGGUUAUAGUAAUAUGCAGUCUUUCUGCAGAGAAAUUGGUCUCUCUUUGAUUUUUUGGGUGGGAAUGCUAAAAGCAUUUUUGAUAUACCUCAGUUGCUACAAGUCAUAUCAUCUGUUUAUCAGUUUUGCUCAAAGUGGAUGUAUACUUUUUAUUAUUGUUUUCAAUAUUCCCUUUUUUUGAGUACCAUCUGCAAUCUCUAUUUUCAAUUGCCUCUGUUUGCGUGCGUGUUUUUCAGAAGGGCAAAAAAAUACUAAUAGUAAAAUAAAAAUUACGUAGGACUUCAAUCAUGAAUGCUUG